AUGGCCAAGUGCUUCAGCCUGGUGUUGCUUCUUGCUGCCAUCUGGACCACAAGGCUCCUGGUCCAAGGCUCUCUCCGAGUAGAAGAGCUUUCUAUCUCAAGGCCAUGCAGAAUUGUGGGCGUCACCCUUGUGAACAAAAAGGCAAAGGAGCAGCUGAAUUUCUCAGAAGCCCAGGAGGCCUGUAGGCUGUUGGGUCUAACUUUGGCCAGCAGAGACCAGAUUGAAGCAGCAUGGAACUCUGGCUUUGAGACUUGCAGCUACGGAUGGGUUGAAGAUAAGUUCUUGGUCAUCCCUCGGAUUUUCCCAAACCCCAAGUGUGGCAAGAAUGGGAAGGGCGUCCUGGUCUGGAGAAACAGUCUCAGCGCAAAGUCCAGUGCCUACUGUCACAACUCAUCUGAUACUUGGAUUAACUCAUGCAUUCCAGAAAUUACCAUCACCAAAGAUACCAUAUUCAACACUCAAACUGCAACAUACACAAGAGAAAUGACCAUCAGUGACAGCACAUACUCAGCAUCAUCCACCGAUGCACCUUUCUUGACUACACCUGCUCGUGCUCCCACUACAGCUUUGGCUUCCACUUCUACUCAGAGGAAAAGAAAAUUAAUUUGCAUAACAGAAGCUUUUAUGGAAACUAGCACCAUAACUACGGAAACUGAAUCAUACAUGAAAAAUAAACCAGCAUUCAAGAAUGAAGCUGUUGGGUUUGGAGGUCUUCCCACGGCUCUGCUAAUUCUUGCUCUCCUCUUCUUUGCUGCUGCAGCUGCUCUCGCAGUUUGCUACAUCAAAAGGUAUGUGAAGACCUUCCCUUUUACAAACAAGAAUCAGCAGAAGGAAAUGAUUGAAACUAAAGUAGUGAAAGAGGAGAAGGCCAAUGAUAGCAACCCUAAUGAAGAAGCAAAGAAAACUGAUAAGAAGCCAGAAGAGCCCAAGAGUCCACCCAAAACUACAGUGCGAUGCCUGGAAGCUGAAGUUUAGAUGAGAAAGAAAUGAGAGGACACAGCUGAGGCUGAUUUCUUUCCUGAUACAUAUCCUGGCCCCAGAUGGGGAAACUAAAAGGACCAAAGAACCAAACAAGAAAGUCUACUCUUGGUUCCUAACUGGAAUCAGCUCAGGGCUACCCUUGGACUAUGCAGCUCACCAAAGGAAAUUGCUUUCUUCUUACUGCAAUUCUUUCUGGAUCCUAUUCUCCUACCUCCAAAACUUCCCACAGCAUUUCUAGCCUGGUUAUGUACUAAUAAUAUCGCAGUGGGAGAAAGGAACUUUGCAAAGCACAAGGAUCUAAAACAGCUAAUCAAAACACGUUUGUAAAGAGGCCUCCAGGCUGACUGAGAAUAGGUGAGUUGAAAGCCAAGAAACCACGGAGGCCGUGGCUUUCCCUAUUGACUCCACAGCCCAGAUCCUUUCCUCAGCUCUGAAAAGGAAACCCUUAUACCACCUGGCAUGUCCUUCUGAGUCAGGCAAGAGCAAAAGAAGGAAAGAAAAGUUUAGCAACUGAAGGCCAUGGAGAUUCCCGUGACUUGAGACCUAAUCUCUGUAAAGCCAAAAUAAAUAGAGAAAAACAGUGGGGCUGAGGCUAUCGACAGCAUAUUGUCAGUAAGGACUAUAAAGACAGACAGGGUCAAAGUAUUCAUCUCUGAAUAAUCCGCAUUGGACUCCCUUUUUAGAACACACACACACUUUCUUUACUCUCCUUCUCCUGCUGCUGCUAUUUUCUCUAGAAGAAUAUACUUUGACAAGAAACCAAAAAAAAUAAUCUCUUACAAUUAUCUAUUUUUAUCUGAGCUACAGAAAUUAUUACUGAGGAAAAUUACUGUGUUAAAAAGCAUAAAAUUUAACAAACAUUUCCUGAAUACCUUCUAUAUGUCAGGCACUGUCUGAGGUAUUACAUUCUGUAAUUGAAUAUUAUUCAUCAAACAAUUGCAUAUAAUAGAACGUUGUGCGAGGCUAACUUUUUUCAGCUUUGAUAUCCCCAGCUUAUCCACUUCCACAACUAAUUUUUUUUUCUGAGACUAAUCUAUUCAUUAUUUUCUCUAAUCCGGCAACCAUUAUAACCUUAAUUUAUUAUUAACCUACCUAAAAUGUACAUUAUUACCUCUAUCCACCAAAGCACACUUUUUAAAUGCCAUUAACAAAUGAAUCACCAGGUAUCCUUUUUCUAGGAAGAAGAGCCUGAGAAGAGCAGAAAUAUUAGUCUUCCAAAAAUAAAAGCAUUCAGAAAA